CAAGUUGCGUCACUCUGUGCCGUUGUCUAUAAAUACACUGCCCCAUGCUACUGGACUUCACAACAGAACUUCUCACCAGUGGACCUUCCUCAAACAGCAGCGAACCAAGUUAAUCCUACCAUGGCUCUUGGCGCACUGGAUAUUGCCACAAUCGCAGUGGAGGUGGUCGGCGGUGUGGCAAUUGCGUGCAAUCUGGUGGUGAUUGCCGUCUUCGCAACGACCAAGCCACUCCGUAGAAAAUACUAUUGGUUCAUUCUUAAUCUCGUGCUUGCGGACAUUGCUUCUGCCAUUCUAGCAAUCGUGCAACAGGUCCACCCAGGUAAAGCGCCAGUUGCCCUGGUGCGGGGAGCGGCAUUCACUGCUGAACUGAGCGUCCUGUCAGUUGCUUUAAAUCAUUUCCUUGCAAUUACUAUGCCGUCUCGUUAUGACGCCAUUGUAACACGUUGUCGUAUGGUAAUCUACUGCUUCUUCAUUUGGGCCCUGUCUCUCUCUACCUUCCUGGUCUUGACGUAUGUUCAGGAGUACACUUUUUGGAUUGUCAGACCCCUUUUGUCCCUCACUGUGAUACUUCUCACCGGGAUUUUCUACUGCGUGGUAUUUCUGACUAUCAAAAAGUACAAACAGGCUCAAGCUUCGGCUCCGCGCGAUGAUCAGACGGGCGACCGUCUGCUCCGCACUCGGCAACUGAUGAUCACCUUCACUGUCAUCUUGAUAACAUCUUGCGUGUGUCAGAUCCCUUUCUGCAGCGUCAAUAUCUUGAUAUUUUUCAGAGGAGGGGGCCUAUGGGCUCAAGAGUACACCAUCCUGGUCGUCCACAAGUGGAGCGUUGCCGCCGUGCUUCUGAGCUCCGUCGUUAACCCGUUCAUUUACUGGUUGCGUCUCGCAGAAUUCCGGGCAAAGUUUUGCCCCAAGCGAGUCAAAGCCGAGACGGAGUUAGACACCGUCAACACGCAAACCCAUAUGUAGGCAGCCUGUAAGCAUAACAAAUAUGACCCACCCUUUAGUUAAGGCAAUCGCUGCUAUUAUUCGAUUUCAGUCUCAAGGUGCACGGCAUAUCUAAAUACCAGAGUGAAAACACACUCUCAAAAAUAGAAGGUCCAUUAUAAAGCCACUCCAAAAGAGUGACAAUCACUCUAAAAAAGUAAAAACACUUUAAAAAACCGUGAAAUUUCCACUAGGAUCGACAAAACAAUUAAGGAAAACUUGAUCGAAAAGGGGUGCACUUUUUUGAAAGUUUUUUAUUAUUAUUAUUUUUAUUAUUAUUUUUGCCCGAUAAGAGUGAUUGGAAAAUAUUAGCAAGUGAUUCAAUGGAUCACCGACUGCUUUUGCCAACUCGUUUUUCGGAGCUUAUGCCCCCCAUUUCAAUAGAAAGAUGAGCAUUGCAUGGUUACAGAGACAAUGUGUUAUCUUGUAUCGGCCAAUAAGAUUGUUGACAUAUACCUGAAUGGACGGUCAGAAUGAAGAGCCGCUGGUGCGCGAACAUGGCUUCUGUGCAAGUGGUAUGCUCACGCUUUAGCUGCUAAGAACUUUUCUCCUCACCGAUAAUAGCUUUGGAAGGGUGUCUGACAAGUUGAGCAAGUGUGAAUGUGAUGGCACCUCUGCUCACAUUAAAAUUAAAAUCUUCGGGCAACAGAGAAACUAAAACUCAGCAAUUUUGCAUUUCUUUAAUUUCCGCAGAUUGCGCAGGUUAGAAAAUCUGUUAUGUAUAGAUAGAUGAUAAGCAUUCUCGCAGCUGGAAGCCUGCGGACCUGAAUUGCCUGAAAUAAAUGAUUGUUAUUUGAAUUGUGCGAAAUACUAAAUUAUUCAUCAUGAAACAUCACAACGCGUCGGUAAAGGCGGUUGCGGCGGUAGACUGCGAAGAGCAAAUAGUAAUUUGUCGUCAAACGCUGUGCACAUCGCUCUUGUGAGAAAACAUCAUCUCCGCAAUCGUCUUGAUUGGAGGCUAACAAAUCUCAAGAUCCCUUCCAAACGACACUUGACCAAAAUGCACCCACGUCAUUGUGCAUAUCUAGUGCAUCUACCACUGAAUUUCUGCAGAAACAGACGAAGACAUUCUCCAAUUUUAAAAACGUGCAAAACAUGGGCGCAAGUAUAUCACUGUUGUAGCCGGAUCUUGUUGCGCUUUGUUCAAUGAGCCGUACAUCAUAGGGCUGUAAUACUAUCCGUUGUAAUGUAAUCUUAAUGUAAACGGUGAAGGCAAAACCUCGGUAACUCUUCAAGUGAAACUAUUAAGGUAAAGGGGUUUAUUUCGUUCAUUACAGUACCCUGUAAAAACGCUGGGCAAUUUUUGGCCCAACGUUAGGUAGGCCUACAAGGUGAAUUGCCUAACUGUUGGGCACUGAAACAGAUUACCCGACCGCGUUGAUUCCCUCAAGAAGUAAUGGGCAAACUUUUCUCAUUUUACCCAACAUUUGUAGAAAAUGUUAUUUGGAAUACUACUAUUUUACCCAUUUGUUUUGAUCAUUUUAAGUGUAAUCGAUUUGUAAGAAAUGCUUUUUUUCUUGAAGUAAUCGUAACAAAUAAUGAGCCUUUUUAAUAAAGACCCUUUAAAAAUGUGUUGGUGAAAAUCAUGUUUAUCAGCUUACAAUGGAACAUUUGAAAUCAUUACAAAAAGUACACUGGGCUUGCUUAAAUCUGCAGCGUAAUGUUGUGGGUAGGCCUACUAUGAAACAAUGAUCAAGCUAAUUUUAUGUGAUAUUGUGACGUUAUAGUUGUAACAUUAUUAAUAUUAUGUGGACAAGUCGAAAGAAUUUGAAGUUUUCGUAAGUAAAAUACUGCUUCAGAACACAUACAAAACACGACAUGUUGUAUAUAGCCGUAGGGCGUGACAAGGUGAGAAUAUGAAAAAGUCUGGUUGAAGCGUAAUUGAUAACAAACUUGAUUCUGGUCUUUGGUGAUAUUAAAUCCAAAGAAAUCGUUAUCUGUCAUUCUAAUAAAACCUACGCAGGGACAUAUAAAUGAUUGCAAUGAACCCUCGUCAUAAAAUGUAUAUGAAUUAGAUAAUUAUCUCUUUUGUGUGGAGUGUGGACAUCUGUGUCAGUUUUCGCAUUCGGAAUAUUCUGCAAAGUUUUGAUCAUCCUUAAUGUGUCUCGGUUAGCUCGGGAUAUGAUUAUCAUUUAAUAUUUUAAUAAAGGGUUAACGGUUAUAUAUGCAACAUAGGCCGUGCAGCCAGUCAACUAGUAACUUGUUCCCUAACCUCGUGUCGCGUACAAUGGAAAUCCGCUGUACGCUGCAUUUCACGCCUAGGGGGGAAAUGCCGACGGCCAACGUAUUUCGUUCAUAUACCAAUUUUGGAUUCAUUUGCCGAUCGACGCUCUAUAAUUAUUCAUUACGGAUGCCGCUCCACUCACACGCCCGGUCGCUACGCCCCUGGACACGGAUUGCUUACAACAAACUGAGUUGAAUUUGAAUUUGUACAGUCACGUAGGCAUAGCAUCUUUGUAUACUUAAUAUCAAAGGAGAAAGAACUUGUUAUUCAUGUCAUUUAGAGUCAUUGUUGAUUUGACAAAAUUGAUUUUUUUACUAUGAUGCUAUCUUUAUCAUGCUUAUAGUAUAUCUAACGCGAGUAGGCCUACUAUUAAAAUUGUGCACCACAAGGGAAAAGCACGCUUUUUAACAUUUGCUGCAGAGCCAAGGAAAUUCUAAGUUUGACUGUUUGAAGGUGAUUUAUGGCAAAAACGAUCUCAGAGGUCAUACCAACCGAAACAGCAAAUGUCUGGGUCUUCCUUGAGAGGCACCUCCCGACCGAUACUUGCUGUCGCUCGUCUUGUAGAGUACAUGGAAAUAAAUAAUAAAAAGGAGAUUUUA